UUAUUUAUAAAUUUUACUUUUAUUUCGGGUCCUUUUAGCACGGCUGCUCCAUCGCGUAUUUUCCCGCAAAAUCUUUGCGCAAUUUCCCGGAAAAGUUCCGCAAAAAACCAGUGGUUCUUUGCAACUUCACGACCAGUUAAUCUCCCAUCAGAUACUUAUUUAAAAAUGGAAAUGCUUUUUUGUGGAGUAAACCUGGAGGAUUGAUAUUGCCAUGAAACCUGACCUAUUUCGAAGUUUCCAGACGGUUGUCUCACAACCGUGUUUGUAUCACAUGGACCUAGAAGGUUUUACUUUUUAGCUUUUGUUGGGAGUUACAAGAUGUCAUUAGAUGUGAUUACUAGUGCUUCAUCUCUUCCGGUUUCAGAAUUCCUUACCCAGAUUGUAGAGGGCAUGAUUGAGAUUGCAUAUGCUGCCAAUAAUGUACUGAUUAAGAAGGACAGCUUUAAAGAACUUGCCAUCUACUUGGAAAGGAUUGUACCUAUUUUAAAUGAAUUAAACAAGAAAGAGCUGGGUCAUUCUGAGAGCUUAAACAAUGCACUCGAGAUUCUCAAUCGUGAAGUGAAAACUGCAAAGCAGCUAACCGUGGAAUGUACUAAAAGAAAUAAAGUAUAUCUCCUAAUGAAUUGUCGUACUAUAGUUAAGCACUUAGAGGACACCACUAAGGAAAUCAGCAGGGCUUUAGAUCUCCUUCCUUUGGCUUCUCUAGAUCUUUCAUCUGGUAUAAUUGAAGAGAUUGCAAAACUCCGCGAUAGCAUGCAGAGAGCUGAGUUCAAGGCCGCUAUAGCAGAAGAAGAGAUAUUGGAAAAAAUUGAGUCAGGAAUACAGGAGAGGAAGGUUGAUCGCUCUUAUGCAAAUAACUUACUGGCUUCCAUAGCUGAGGCAGUUGGUAUCUCAACUGAGAGGGCUGCAUUAAAGAAAGAAUUUGAGGAAUUCAAGAGUGAGAUUGAAAAUGCCCAGCUAAGGAAGGAUCAAGCUGAAGCUAUACAAAUGGCUCAGAUAAUUGCUUUGCUAGAAAGGGCGGAUGCUGCUUCUUCUCCUAGAGAAAAGGAGAUGAAGUAUUUCACAAAGCGGAAGUCUUUGGGUAGUCAACCGUUGGAACCUCUCCAAUCAUUCUAUUGCCCAAUUACUCGUGACGUUAUGGUGGAUCCUGUGGAGACCUCUUCAGGACAAACAUUUGAGCGAAGUGCAAUAGAAAAAUGGCUUGCAGAUGGGAACAAAAUGUGUCCUCUUACCAUGACUCCUCUGAACUCAUCUGUUUUACGGCCUAAUAAAACUCUGAGGCAAUCAAUAGAAGAAUGGAAGGAUAGGAACACAAUGAUUACAAUUGCUUCCAUGAAAUCAAAACUCAUGUCUGAAGAAGAGGAAGUGCUUUGUUGCCUGGAACAGUUACAGGAUCUCUGUGAACAAAGAGACCAGCAUCGGGAAUGGGUGAUAUUGGAGAAUUAUAUACCAAUCCUUAUUCAACUUCUUGGUAAUAGAAAUCGUGAAAUAAGGAAUCAUGCUCUAGUCAUUCUUUGCAUUCUGGCAAAAGAUAGUGAUCAUGCCAAGGAAAGAAUUGCAAAUGUUGAUAACGCAAUUGAAUUUAUAGUUAGAUCUCUUGGGCGUCGAAUUGGGGAAAGGAAGUUAGCAGUGGCAUUACUGUUGGAAUUAUCGAAAUGCUCUGUUAUAAAGGACGGUAUUGGAAGGGUUCAGGGUUGCAUUCUCCUAUUGGCGACUAUGUCAAGCAGUGAUGACAGUCAAGCUUCUGCAGACGCAGAACAGAUAUUGGAGAAUCUCUCCUUCUCUGAUGAGAACGUCAUCCAAAUGGCAAAGGCGAAUUACUUCAAACAUUUACUGCAGCGUCUAUCUUCAGGGUCAGAAGAUGUGAAAAUGAUCAUGGCAUCAACCUUAGCAGAGAUGGAACUAACUGACCACAAUAAAGCAUCUUUAUUUGAGGGAGGUGUGCUGGGUUCACUCCUUCACUUGGUCUUAGAUGGUAAUGCAGAGAUGAAAAAGGUGGCCAUCAGGGCUCUUCGGAACCUCUCAAGUUUACCAGCAAAUGGUCUGCAGAUGAUCAGAGAAGGUGCAGUUCGCCCAUUACUUGACCUUCUUUUCCGGCACAUCUCAUCUUCAGGUUUGCGUGAAGAAGUGGCAGCCACGAUUAAGCACCUGGCUGAAUCGACAGUGUCUCAAGGAUCCAGCUUGACACCAAUUUCAUUGUUAGAAUCUGAUGAAGAUGCUUUGAUGCUCUUCUCUUUGAUAAACUUGACAGGUCCUGAUGUGCAACAAAACAUUCUCGGGAUCUUCUACGCCUUGUGCCAGUCCCCGUCAGCAUCAAAAAUCAAGACUAAAUUGACUGAGUGCUCAGCUGUGCAAGUUUUGGUCCAGUUGUGCGGGCAUGAAAAUCAAAAUGUACGAGUAAAUGCUGUUAAGCUUUUCCAUUGCUUGGUAGAAGAUGGUGAUGAAGCCAUCAUCCUGGAGCAUGUAGGUCAGGAUUGCCUUAAGACCUUGCUUAGGAUCAUCCAAUCUUCUAAUGAUAUGGAAGAGAUUGCUUCAGCAAUCGGCAUCAUCGCUGACCUCCCAGAAAAUCCCCAGAUUACCCAGUGGCUUCUUGAUGCAGGGGCACUUCCAGUAAUUGUCAGAUUUCUUCCCAAUAGCAAGCAGAAUGAUCCCCAUAAGAAACAAUUAGUCGAAAAUGCUGUUGGAGCCAUGUGCCGCUUCACUGUCCCAUCGAACUUGGAAUGGCAAAAGAAAGCUGCAGAAGCUGGCAUUAUUCCUCUACUAGUCCAGCUGCUAGACUCUGGAACUACCUUGACAAAGAAAAAUGCUGCUAUUUCUCUUACUCAUCUUUCAAAGAGUUCUCUGAAAUUGAGUCGCACAGUACCAAAACGUAAGGGGUUCUGGUGUUUCUCUGUUCCACCAGAAACUGGCUGCAGGAUUCAUGGGGGAGUUUGUGCUAUUGAAUCAUCAUUUUGUCUUGUGGAGGCUGAUGCAGUAAGACCUCUUGUGAGGGUUCUUGAAGAUCCAGAUCCUGAGGCGUGUGAGGCUUCUUUAGAUGCACUACUGACUCUAAUAGAAGCUGAAAGACUUCAAAGUGGCAGCAAGGUGCUUGCAGAAGCAAAUGCUAUACCACCAAUAAUAAAAUUUCUUAGUUCUUCUUCUCCCACAUUGCAGGAGAAGGCUCUAAAUGCUUUAGAGAGGAUAUUCCGACUGCCAGAGUUCAAACUGAAGUAUGGGUCCUCUGCUCAAUUGCCUUUAGUUGACUUAACUCAGAGGGGAAACAGCAGCAUGAAGUCUCUGUCAGCCAGAAUACUUGCUCACUUGAAUGUCCUUCACGAUCAGUCUUCUUACUUUUAAAAGAAAUGCAAUAGCUCUGAUGCUUUUAUUUAGUCUCAAGGGACAGUGGCAGCUUGGUUAUUCAAAAGAUGGUUAUCAGUUCAAGGACACUGUUUUGUGGAUUUACACUUGCAUUGACAAGGUAACGGCCAUGCACGAUUCUCAUCUUAAUGCUUUAUGUCUGCGAUAAUGGUCAAACAGGUGCAAGGUCAUUAUGACCAAGAAUGAGAAUAAACAUUCGUAACACAAGGGCAGAGCUGCAAUAUUGCACUCUGCCUCUUCUCCUAGAGAAAGCUGAAGAGUGGAGUCACCGGAGUUGAAGCUUUUUCUAUCUUUGUUGCUGUAAAGAGAACUUUGCUAGAGAGAAGGGAUUGUUGAAGUGGCUCAUAUUUAAAUGCCACAGAAAUUGCUCUGUACAGUUGUAGUCCAAUCCGCUAUUCAUUUGACUAGGAGGAAAGAACAAAAUCAGCGCGAAUCACUAUUAUCAGACUAGGCAUCCACACUUGGAUUAUAUAUGUUUUUUUUUUUUUUUUUUUUUUUUUUUUUUUUUUU